AUGGGUUGCUACUAGGUUAGAAGAGCGGAAGAUGAAUUUUUAGACGAAAUCGAGCAUAUUAGAGAGGAAUAGUAGACCUUAAGCCUUAAAAAAAGAUAAAAUGAAAAUAAAUCUCUUAUUAAAAGAGUUUAUUCGAAGUGGGAUUUCGGUAAAAUUGGGAAAAUAACAGAAAUCGCAAAUUUAAGUGCUGUCAAAAAAGAAGAUUAUUUUAAUUAAAGAAAAGAAGGAGUCAUCAGGCUAUAGAAAUUAACUGAUAAUGUAGUAAUAACAGCACAUAUUGAUUUAAAAAUGUGUAUUUGGGACAUUUAGAAUUGCUAACUGCUAUUUAUGAUAGAUGUUCCUCUAAGUAUAGUAGACAUAAGAGUAGCAGAAGGUAAAUUUCUGGCUGCUGUUUUAGGUGAUACUUCUCCCCAGGGAAAGUAAUAUUUAUAUAUUUGGGAAUCGAUCAUUGAAUAAUUCAAAUAUAGUGAUAUCAAAUUAAUAGGAAAAUUUGAUAUUGAGAAUUAGAUUACUUGCCUUACUUCAUUAGUAUUUUCUCAUGAAAAGUACCUCAUAUUAGCCAGCUUAUAUGGUGACUUAAUAGUUUAUGAUAUGGAGACAUUUGAAAAAUCAGAGGAAAUAAACAUUCAUAAUGGAUGCUAGAUAAGUGACAUAAAAGAAUGUCUUACUAAUUUUAGAUUACGAGGUUGUAUCAUUACUGGUUGUGCUGAUGGGACAAUUAAGAUAACUUCUUUAAGAUUAGAAAAAGAAAAAAUAGCAGAAAUAGCUGAAAUGAAUUGUGGAAAGUAAAAUCCAGUGACCUAGGUAUCUGAAUUAAGAAAUUAUAUGAUAGUUGCCUCAUCAUUGAACAAGAUCUUCUUUUGGGUAUUAGAUAAUCCUAAGUAGCCUAUUAAGAUUUUUGACACUCAUACAAUGCCUAUUCAUAGAUUAUUAACUAUUGAUGAUGGAUUAUAUUUGCUAAGUGUAGGAGGAGAUGGAAAACUGGGAGUUUGGAGGGGUAAAUAGUAAAAAUUGUUAUAUCAUUCCCCAAGACUUCAUUCAGAAAUUAUCACAGAUGUAUUAAAAGUAGGGGAUAGAAUAAUUACAGUUUCUCUGGAUAAAAAUUUAAAAGUUCACGAAAUCAUAUAUCUAUUCAAUAACUAUGAGUGGAUAAAAUGA